AUGAUCAAAACUGAUGCAUACAAACCAUUUUUGGACUUGGACAUUAGAAACAAUGGUCCAGUCAAUAUCCAUAAUAAUUACACCUUUUUACAAAUUAACCGUGUUAUAGAUUGCCUAAGAGAGAGGGGGGACAUGCGUUCAUACAGCAAAGAUGACAAAUGCCUGGCCCUUAUGCAUCUAAAUGAUGGGUCUAAGGAUUUGAUGUUAUUAGUGCUUGAUUCUGACGGUUCUAUUAUGAAUUUAGACCCAGGAUCCAAACUUUUAAUGAACCUUUCCGACCUUAAAACAGCUAGGGGUGUUUACAUAUGUUCUAAAUCGCAGCUGAAACAUCUGGGAGGAAUUGUAUAUGAGCUGAAACAGGCAAAUGAUAUAGCAAAAGAGGCAUAUUUACUCAGAAAAAUGUGUUUGUAUAAUAAGAAUAAGUCGGAAGACGGACCGCCCAAAUUUAAACCUCUGCAACUAUAUCCUUCACAAUCCCAUAACACGACUGAUUUACCCAAAUCCAAUAUUUCAGCCAAACCACAUAGCGACAAUGCAAAGAAAAAUAUGUCAUCCACAAAUCGCAGUGCCACCAGACCCACCAAAAUUAGUGAUUCUAGAAUAGCUAAAAAUGAUAACACUCAUGGCAGAGACAAAAAUAAACCACGCAACAAGCUAACCACCAAACAAAACACCAAUAAUUACGCAAAUACUAACACGGAGAAUAACACCACAAAAAGUGGGGUCAAGAAAAAAUAA